CCUCUCUCAUUUUCCAACUUCCCAAGUUCUUCACCCCUUUUACAAAGAUUCCAGAUUUGUCCAACACAAUACUCUAUAAUAAUAUUCAGCCUUCUUACCAUUGCUUGGAGCCGGGUUUUUUCUUUCGUCUGGAGUUCUCUUUCUCUUUCUCUUUCUCGCAGUCGUUUCUGAAUAUCAAGUCUAUGCUCAUCUCCGUUUCGGAAGAUCUCAUAAUCGUGUCGUCUCCCUUUCGUUGCAUUAGCUCAUCCACGAUCUUUUCAAGAGCGGCGGUCGCAUCUGUAGAACCGCCGUAACCUUACUUCUCAUAUUGCGGUCGCUUGUAAUCUCACGAAAUUACUCGACUCCGUGCCCAUCAUGAGACUCGACCCACAACGAGCACCGCUUAUUCUUUUACUUUUACCUUCGUUAGCCUUUGUCACCUCUGCACUGGACGCGAAAUCCGCGAAGGAUACUUCCAACGUUGGUGUCGAUGGCGCAUCUUCUCAACCCCCUCUCGACUCGGCCGUCACGUCCCAAAAGCCAUCUAAAUUCGACGUAGGCACCAAAGAUGCCCCUGUAGAUGGAAAAGAUGGAAUGCCGCAUGAGGGCCCCUUCGUGAGCAUCGACAAGGGUCGCAAAAAAGGGGAGGCCAACGACAUCACCGAGCCCAAAGCCCUUCCUAUUCUGAAGGAUAGACCAAUAGAUCCAACUGUCAUCGAUGGAAAGAAAAUACCUGAAAGCAACGAUGGUGUCAUGGACGAUCCUCAUCGUCAACCUCCUAAGCAAGGCACUACUGGUACGGAGGGUGGGGUGAGCCAGAAGGACAAAGCCAGGAAGGCUAAAGAAGGAGAGACUGGGGAGAAGGUUGAGAACGUGCCGGAAACCCCCAAAGAAAAACCCCCAUUGCCUCAUAGCGAGCAAAAGAAGAUUUCGAGCGACAAGGUUAACAAGAAGGAAAAGGGCAAGAUCGACUUGCAUCAGACGCCUGAAGACAUCGCUGGACUUGAGAAACCCUCCGAUCUACCAGAUAAACUACGCGACGAUCCGAAUCCACUUCCCAACUCGGCUAAUAAAGACCACCUAGAUGUGUCCAAACCUGCUAAGUCGACCACUAAUGUGCGGGAGAAGGGCAGUGAGGGCAACGAUGGAAUUAUCCAGCCACUUCACUCUUUUGUUCUUUCUCUUGCCAUGAUCCUCUUCUCCGAAAUUGGUGAUAAAACAUUCCUCGUUGCCGCACUCAUGGCUAUGAAACACGACCGCAUGGUUGUGUUUUCAGCCGCCUUCGGUGCCCUGCUGGUCAUGACCGUCCUGUCCGCUGUCUUGGGUCAUACGGUGCCAGCCCUAAUUCCUAAGCGGGUCACGGCUUUCCUCGCUGCGGGGCUAUUCUUUGUUUUUGGCGCCAAAAUGUUACGCGAGGGCAUGGCUAUGGAUCCGGACGAGGGUGUUACGGCAGAGAUGCAAGAGGUUGAGAUGGAGCUUCAGGAGAAGGAACAUCAGGCCCUAAAACAAGGUAGACGGCGUUCCUCUUUGUCUCCGUAUGCUCUAGAGAUGGGACUCAACCGCGACCGAAAGUCAAGAUCCCAAUCCCGAUUCCCUACCCCGCCUCGCAGUCCUUCGACUUCGCCAGGCAGGAGUCCAUCACCUCAACGCGGCUUCCUUCGCGGAUUCGGAGUCGGCCUCUCGAAUCUCUUCUCUUUGCUCCUAAGUCCGGCGUGGGUGCAGACUUUUGUCAUGACAUUCUUAGGCGAGUGGGGAGAUCGCAGUCAGAUCGCGACAAUUGCUAUGGCUGCUGGCCAGGAUUACUGGUGGGUGACGCUAGGUGCUGUGCUUGGCCACGCCUGUUGUACCAGCGUGGCAGUUAUUGGCGGCAGGGCUAUUGCCGGUAGAGUCAGCCUGAGAGUUGUGACAAUAGGAGGUGCCGUUGCAUUUCUGGCGUUUGGCUUCAUCUACUUUGUGGAGGCGUUCUACGCAUAGCGUUCUCAUGUCUUCUAAAUUGCCGAGAAACGAGCUAUGCCUUUUUUAUAUAAGGGUUCGCAAGGCUUCAUAAGAGAUGAACCGAGGAGUUCUCCAGCUAUGAAUGGGCUUCACCAACUCGGAAAUACUAGUACGACUAAUACGGAUCUGCGUAAAGGGAUGAGAGGGAACAGCUGACAUGUCGCCAUUGUAUUAUAAUUAUCAUCGUCACCAACUCUUAGAGGGCAUGAAUACCGAUUCACGUGUUGAGGGGGUCAGACCUAUUGCAUGGGUGGAGUUUGGAAAAUAAAAUGAGCAGGCUUGUUCGAGAUGGCCGACGACAACCAUCAUCAAUCGUACAUUGUAAAAUUAUUAAAUAUUUCGGAAGGUUGGAAUGGCGACAAUUCGGGUAUCUACAGUAUGUCUACGGGGGUUAUCUAUCAUUGAACUACAGAUAGGCACUAGCCUAUCCAGUUACUUACGCCAUCGUGUUAUUGGACACAUAGGCCAGUACUUUCUCGUAAGCCUAGAUUGGAAGAGUCUCGGUAAUUACCCCGCCUCCCGUUCCUAUUCCUGACU